AUGAAAAGAGAUCGACCAAUAGACAGCGAGGCAAAGAAUGGUAGAAAGCUACGGCUUCUACUUCAUGGAAUUGAUGGAUGUGUCCCGUACAUGACACCAUCGACACUCGAGAAAUACUUUCCGGCAAGUGAUGACAACUUGUGGAUUGGAUUGGCAGUCCGUGACACUUGUGUCAUGCCCGUCUUUCAAGAAAAGAAAAAAGUCCAUAAAAAGAACAAGAACAGAAAUUUGGAGACCUCAUCGAGUACCAAAGCAUCAGUGGCCAAAAAGCCAAGUGGUUAUGGCUUUUUGCCGACCAAACCGGAUUCCUGGCUGGAACCUUACAAUCGAAUUACAGUCCCGACCUUUGAUCCCAUUGCAGAUAACAAGAAGGGAUCUUAUACUUGUACGAACAAGGGCGUAUCUGUUUGGACACCACAUGGUCGACAAAAACUAACGCCCGGGGCCUAUAACGAGGCAAGCCUCGCUUUGGAUGCGGAGUAUACUCUGUCGCUCUUUGACAUUGAUGAUGAGGAAGGAAAUGCCAAGCGACAAGAAAAGGCAGAACAACGAAACAAGGAAUGGUUCGAGGAUCUAGGAAAAGCAUGCUCUGGUCAAACGGAUAGAAAGUUGUGGGCACCUGCCCUCAUUCCAAAUCUGAUAAACAACCCAUCUGCAUCCUUGGCAAUUGCCCAGUCCGACAAUAAAAAGGCAUCGGGAAUAGCACUUAUCGGCAAGUGGCACAGCAAAUUGGAGAAGCUUCUGGAAAGUUUGGAAUAUGAAAAUGUGACAAUGUUGUCUACUGAUUCUUUGGUGGAAGUUUUGGAGAUUGCGUCUGGAUCUGCUGUCAACAUGAUUGGAACAAACUUGCCACAACAGUGGGCAAAGAAGAAACAUGCAUUGGCCAUUGACUUUUCGUUUGAUGAAUCUUCGAAACGAGUAAAGAGUGACAAAAAAGAUCAACUGGAUCUCAACAGCGAUGGUUGCAUUGAUAUGAGCAGUAAGGUGUUUGCAAGGGACGCUAGACCAUUGGUUCCAGGGAGGAGCACUAGCCUUGCCUGUGCUGAUUCCAUGUUUAGCAGAGCGUACAUACAUCACUUGGUAGUAGCCCAGGAAAUUCUGGCGGAAAUCUUGCUCUUUGCACAUAAUCUUCACCAAAUGCUGGAGUUACUAAAGGCAUUCCGUGAAGCAAAAGAUCCAUCGGCUCUGAAAGAAUUCAUUAUGAAGCAAUUGAAAAUAUGA